CCUCUAUCGACAACAUAGCGCUCAGCCCUGCACGCCCCUAGCCUACAUCGUCUUGCCUGCAUCAGCCCAUGCGGCACAAUCCAGCGAUGGCCGCUCACCACCUGCUCAUAACGGUGCCAACCCUCCGCCGGCCUGCUCGCGACCUCCAGGCUGUAGACCUUGCCACUCACCGCGCUCAGCCAUGCACCUCUGAACCAACAUGGCCGCCAUAAAGGGCCCCGUUCUCCGCGUCACCGGCCUCUCAGCCUCGCAGCCUGACGAGGAGCUGACAGCAUCGCUGGAGGCUGCUAUCAACGACAGCCUGACCAACGAAGAGAAAUCGAAGACGGACGUCAGAGUGGCUGUUGUGCCCUCCUGCUACAACGAUGAGGAAAAGGUGGCGCUGGUGGAGUGCCGUGGCGGGUUGCCUGCGUUUCUGUCAGCGCUGACAGCCGAUCCGCUGGAGGAGUCGCAGAUGGAGAUGGGCGACACGGACAUUAACUUCGACCAGCACUUCUUCGGCUUCACCCAACUGUAUACGCCAACGUCUGACGCACCAGUUGCUGCAGAUGUAAUCGCCAUCACUGGCCUCGACGGCCACGCGUACGGCUCAUGGCGCGGCAAAGGCAAUCUCGGGCGCAUGUGGCUGCGCGACUUCCUGUCCAAAGACUUGCCGUGCUGUCGCACGAUGAUCUACGGCUACAACUCGAAGCUGUCGAGCCACGGGGUGGACACCAUCAUGGACUACGGCCGGGGCCUGCUAGAGGAGCUCAAGAAGAUCCGGGCCACAGAGGAGCUACGACAGCGGCCGCUCUUCUUCAUCGCACACAGCUUUGGCGGUAUCAUACUCGCUCAUUGCCUUGUCAAGGCGGUCCAGACGACGGAAGACGACCAUCCGACGAUAGCUUCUCUGCACAAGGCCACCUACGGCAUGCUUCUGUUUGGGAUCCCGCACAGGGGGCUCGUCGUAGACGACAUCCAGAAGAUGCUUGCUGGGGAGCACGGUCACCCGCGCAGAGAGCUGCUGGGGCAGAUCAAGGAACAGUCCGAUCUGCUAGCAUUGCAGCUAGACGACUUCAGGAACCUCGUUCGAGACCGCAAGGUGGUGAGCUUCUACGAGACAGUGCAGACGCGGCAGCUGCAGUUUGACAGCGAGAGCAAGCGAUGGACGAGGACUGGCGACUUCGUCACCGCCGUAGACAGCGACUCAGCGCUUCUCCAGCUCCCAGAUGCUAUGGAAGAGAAGAUCCCCAUAGACGCCGACCACUCGAUGAUCGUCAAGUUCGACAACAAGAACGUUCGAGGGUACAGCAGCGCGCGGGACAAGCUUAGGCAGUUUGCGCGGGAUGCUCCAGGUGUGGUGGCAGAUCGCUUUGCGCGGGCGCAGAACAGGCCUAGACCGUCAAUCAUGGUACCGUUUCCCAGAGACGAUACAUUUGUGGGCCGAAAGGAUGUCCUUGCAAAGAUCCAGGAGAUUCACAGAAGCCCAGCUUUGCGAGGUCACAGCCGGGUAGCGCUUGUUGGUCUAGGAGGCGUAGGAAAGUCGCAGAUUGCUAUCGAGUACGCGUACAGAGUCAGAGAGGCUGCGCCGCACAUGUGGGUGUUCUGGGUGCACGCGAGCAACGCCGCCAGGUUCAAGCAAGCCUACCAAGAGAUUGCGGCCAGGGUCGAGCUUCCAGGUCGCGACGAUCCAAAGACGAACAUCCUCCGCUUGGUGCACAACUGGCUCUGCGACGAGAGGAACGGGCGAUGGCUGAUGAUUGUUGACAAUGCUGACGAUGAUCGAGUGUUUGCCUCUGCCAGCGCCAGCGUUACCGACGACCUGGGUAGCGCUGCGCAAGGGCUUGAACCCACCCGGGAAACGGCGGCGCCGUUGGCAAGCUUCCUUCCGCAAGUGGCAAGCGGCUGGAUACUAGUCACUUCGCGGGAUCUGAUUGCCGCGGUGAACCUAGUGGGAGCAAGACACAACGUGGUUCAGGUGGAGCCGAUGGGCGAGCGAGACGCACUGGCGCUAUUAAAGUCGAAGACGCGGGUGGACGAGUCGUCUGAAGGCGACGCAAGAGCGCUUGUGAAAACGCUAGAAGGCAUCCCGCUUGCUGUCACGCACGCAGCUGCAUACAUUGAAGUGAACCAGCCAGGCAUGGGUCUCUCUACAUACCUCGAGCUGUUCCGUGAGAGCGAGGAGAACCAAGCGUCUCUCCUGAACAGCGAGGACGCAAGAGACCUACGGCGGGACGCCAGCAUGUCAGACGCAGUCAUCACUACCUGGCAGAUAUCGUUUGAGCAGAUCCGGAAGACGCGACCCGAGGCAGCGGAUCUACUCUCGCUUAUGACCAUGUUCGACCGGCAAGGGAUCCCUGAGCACGUGCUGUUCGACGGCAAGACCCGAUUGCAGUUCACCGAGGCUGUGGGACCGUUGUUCCGCUUCUCUCUAGUCUGGGCGCAAGCUGGGAAGCAGCCAGGCCAGCAGGUCGGGGACCAGCUGCUUGAGAUGCACAGCUUGGUGCAACUAGCGACAAGAGAAUGGGUGAAGUUGCACGGUCAAGUUGAUGUGUGGGAGAGCGCUGCGCUGCGGAUCAUGGCUGCGGCGUUCCCCAACGGGCAGCAUGAGACGUGGGCGGCUUGUCGGACUCUGCUUCCACACUCGACGAAGGUACUUGGCUACAGCACGGAGAAGGACGAGGAGUCGAAGCUGCAUCGAGCGACUAUCGCGACCAACACAGCGUGGUAUCUGACGCUGAUGGGGCAGUAUGCAGAGGCAGAGCGGAUUGGGCACAGUGCAGUGAUGGUGAGGGAGGAAGCGCUUGGGCUCGAGCACCCGUACACGCUCACCAGCGUCGGUCAGCUUGGGUCGGUGCUAUGGAGCCAAGGGCGGUUGAUGGAUGCUGAGAUCCUGGAAACACGGGCCUUGGAAGCAAGGAAGAGGACGCUUGGAGACGACCAUCCAGACACGCUGAUGGCAAUGGCCAACCUCGCGUUCACACUCAGGUCGCAAGGUCGCCUCCAGGGGGCUUUGUCGCUGAUGGAGGCAUGCGUUCAAGUGCGGACACGAGUUCUUGGACUUGGCCAUCCUGACACCAAGUCUUCUACAUCGACGCUGAACUGGUGGCUUUCAGAGAGCCGAGACCUGGGAGCGUGA